AUGGAAUCGGUGAUACAAUGGAGAUCGAAAGCGGAGGAAAAAGCAUUGGAGACAAAUCGUACGGUGGCGAAACUCUCGAAUUUGGUGGAAACGAUGAUGAAAAUGAUGCAGGCGCGAUUUCAGGCGGAGGACGACGGCGUAGCUCAGAUCCGUCCAACAUCGACGCACGGACCUCAGGUAAACACCGAUUUCUCGGAACCAGGCCCUAGCGAAACUCAAUUAGGACCCCGGAAUAUUGGAUCUGUGUUGCCUUCUCGCGAUAGCAUGCUCAGGAAAGUGGAGAUGCCGAUCUUCGACGGGAAGAAUCCACAUAGUUGGAUUGCUAGAAUUGAGAUGUUUUUCCGUCAGUAUCAAGAGGAUCAGAAACUAGAGUUGAUUUCGUUGAGCACUGAAGGAGAAGUGUUAAGCUGGUUCAAUUGGGAAGACAAACGCAUGCCGUUUUUCAUUUGGACAGAGUUCAAGAAACGACUGCUAGUGAGAUUUGGGAAUCCAGAACGUAACACACCGAAGCAGAGUUUAGCGUCAAUCAAGCAGUUGGCAUCAGUGGCAGAUUAUGUGCACGAGUUUGAAGAGCUCUCAUCUCUCAUUUCAGGGGUGGCUGAGGAAAUGUUGGAAGCAAUUUUUGUUGAUGGCUUUAAACCAGAGAUGCGUGAGAUAGUGAGAUUGAAGGAGCCAAGAGAUUUAUCUCAUAUGAUCGCAACCAUAUUACAAAUGGAGGAUGGAUUGUUGUGUAGAGCUAUGGCAAACAAGAGAGUAACUGAGGUCAAAAGCGGUCCUACAGACACUGCUCUUCCUUCACGGAACUCAUCAACAAACUUAGGAGGGAAUUGGAAGACAAAACCCGCCUUAUUGGAGCCUGGUCAAUCUGUUGCCAAACAGAAUCCAAAGGAACAGGAAUCAAAGCUCCCAUACAAUUGGAAGCUUAAAAGACAUCUCACACAAGCUGAAUUUGAAUGGAGGAAGAAAAACAAAUUGUGCUUCAAAUGUGAUGAGAAGUAUUUCUAUGGUCAUGCUUGUGUAAAUAAAGAGCUGCAAGUGAUGACGGUGAUUAAUGGCUUUGAUGUGGAGCUGUUAGAAGAAGAGUUCUAUGAUGCGAUAGAGGAUGAAAAGGAGGAUAAACCAACAUGUAUGACUUUGUCGUUGAAUGCCUUUUUAGGUAUAUCUUCUCCAACAACAACAAAGGUCAGAGGAGAUGUAGGACGCGUAUCCAUAGUAGUGAUGAUGGAUAGCAGAGCCACACACAACUUUAUUUCUCCUUCUCUGGUGAAGAAAGCUCAUCUUAAAACACAGCAAGUGGAAGCUUUGGAAAUACUACUGGGUACAGGAGUUACAGUAAAUGGAUUGGGAAUUUGCAGAAGAGUUGGAUUCAAAGUUGCUGGAGUGGAGUUUGAGGCAGACUAUAUAAGUUUGGAUUUGGGAAGUGCAGAUAUUAUACUGGGAGUUCGGUGGUUGAGCACGUUGGGAAAGUGCCAAAUGGAUUGGUCUACACAUGAACUUGCGUUCAAGUACAAAGACAGAUGUGUUACUUUCUGUGGCGAUCCAUCUCUUCACGGCACUAAGCUUUCCUUGAAGACGUUGGAAACAAAAUAUGAGAAACAACUGAGGAAGAAGGAUUAUGGAAUUACAUUACAUUCUCAUAUUGUGGAUGAGAAGAUCACAACUCCACCUUCGUUGAAGCUUAUCUUACAGAAGUAUGAGGACCUGUUUGAAGUUCCGACUCAAUUACCACCGGUGAGAAACAGAGAACAUGCAAUCAAUCUCACUCAUGGUACAAAUCCGAUUACCGUGAGACCCUAUCGCUACCCUCACGCACAGAAGGAAGAGAUGGAGAAGCUGGUCAAACAGAUGCCAGAGGCAGGGAUUAUCAGACCAAGCCAUAGUCCUUAUUCAAGUCCGGUGCUCUUGGUAAAUAAGAAGGAUGACUCGUGGAGAUUUUGUGUUGAUUAUAGAGCCCUGAACAGAGCGACUAUACCUGAUAAGUUCCCUAUACCAGUUAUUGAUCCAACAUGGAGCAGCAGUGUAUUCGAAGCUUGA